CGAAGCUUAUACUCUGAUUGAGGGGAUGUCGUGCAUUGAAAGUACUUGUAGUAAACUCAGAUAGUACCACGGUAACCUCUUACUCAGCCCGGUUCAGGGACGAAACGAUGACGGAAAGGUCCGCUGGUCAGCAAACAGCAAAUCAGAUGCAGAUGCAGUCCUCGAAAGAGGUGUAAUGCGGUCACUAGCUUUUCCGAGUGAUUACUCCGCAUCAUCAUCUGAAUUUUGGCGGGUUUGCAACGUUUUCGCAUUCGUGUACUUCUUAAUUUACACACCACCUCAAUAUGCCCUCCUUCUUACGCCACAUGACUGCACGUCGAGGAUCUGCAAUGCAGCAACCGAAUACAAACGUAGAGACUGGGAGAGUAUCAUCCUGGAGGCAUCAUUUGCUGUAUUACUGGAUUGCUACUGGCGUCGUGGUAGGCUAUGCAUUCAGUGCAGUUAUGACUAUCGGAGGACUCAACGUACAUGAGCUUAACAUCAUUUAUAUCACUACGGUGUUCAUUCCUGCAAACAUUCUCCUUCAUGCCCUCACCCACUUCCUGUGGCACCGUCCACGAGCGUGUAACCGCUUCUUACCUCUGACGAGAGGAAUUAUGAGCUGUGCGACUAUUGAUAUUUGGGCUGCAGGAUGUGUGGGAGUGUUUUAUACUAUGGAUAAUGCGAUGUGGAUUGCAGGAUGGUGGUUUAUUGGUAUACCGGGUGUGCUCUUGAUCAUCAAUCGAGUUGUUGAGUAUGGUAUAGAAUGGAGGUUAGGACGGCAGGGGAAUUGAGUGUCCACGAAGAAUGGAAAAGAUGUCUUGUCACAUGACAUCUUACAGUACCUCAGGGAGGUGAUUGCCUACGAGGGAGCUCA